AUGGUGUUGAGAGUGAUGAGGGUGGAAAGAUGGAACGAUGACCAGCUACCGCCACUAGUGGAAGCGCCACCGUUGAAGGUGGCGGAGAGCCCUUCAACUCACCGGUCAAUGGAGACGUUGGUGGUGGUGCUGGCCAUAAUAACCAUCGUCGGAGUGAUAGCAGGAUUCAUAGCACGGCUCUGUGGAGGAAGACAUUACGAUGGGAAUGGAGGAGAUCAUGAAAUUGAAGGAUGGAUUGAGAGUAGAUGCAGAAGCUGCAUUGAUGCAGGCAUAUCACCACCACCGCCGCCGCCGCCGGCGGUGGCAGCGGCAGCGGCAGUACCCGCACCACAAGAAGAAGCAAAGAAGUGA